AUGCAUGCAGCUGGAGAUUACGCAAUCAUUUCGACGGGGGACACCAAGCGGACACCUGACAAGGUCAGAGACACAUUCCUGAACGACCCUGCAGUCAUUCUGAUUGUGGUGGUCGUGGUCAUGUUCUUCAUCACCUUCUGCGGCUGCAGCAGAGCCCUGCGAGAGAACGUUCACCUUCUGAAGGCAUUCUCCUUCAGUCUGACUUUGGUCUUAUUCACUCAGCUGGCCAUAGCUGUCCUAGGCUUAUUCUACUCAGACCAGGUACGAGACGCUCUGGAAAGGUUUGUGAAAAAAUCUAUUGUGUACUAUAGGGAUGACCUGGAUCUGCAGAACCUCAUGGACUACAUUCAGAGAGAGAUUGCAGGCAUUGUUCUCUCCCAGAUCCUCAUAUCUCAGAUGCAGGAUGAGAUCAGCUCAGUGUGA